AUGGCAUCCCGUUCACCGAGACUGGCCCGCAACCUAUGCCGCCAGACGACCUCUCAUUCACGAAUCACACUCACACCGCCCAUUUCCACAAUAAAAACCCAACGGGAUGCCUGCAAGUGCUGUCAAAUUCGCGCCCAAGCUUCGACCCAGACACUCGCCUCACUAUCUCGCGGUAUCUUCACGGUUUCACCAGUCUCAGGCCGACGGUAUGCGUCGAUCAAGACCUCUGCAGACCCUACGAGAGAUUCUGGAAUAGUGGGAGUACCGGACAUCACCAAUUACUACACCAUUUUCCCCCAGACUAUUCCCGCGGGCCCUCCCCCAGCAUCACCCUUUUCCAUCUCCGUUUCGGAUCUCCGUCGCGAGUUUCUACAGCUGCAGAACAAGAUUCACCCUGACAAAUACCCUCCUGGCGAAAUGAAACAACACGCCGAGGCGUUAUCGGCCCGCAUCAAUGAGGCCUACCGCACGCUCGCCGAUCCACUCCAACGGGCUCAGUACCUCCUCCGAGAAUGGCACGGCAUUGAUGUUACAGCCGAAGAUGCCGCGACAAAGCACGCCCUCGAUCCCGAGACACUGAUGGAGGUGAUGGAGGUGCAGGAGACUAUUGAGGAGGUGGGCGCGACGCCGGAGGGCGCAGCCGAGAUUAACGCGCUGAAAGUUGAGAACGACGGGCGUAUCGGAGUGUGUGUCGGGGCACUAGCCGGGUCAUUUGACAAAGGCGAUAUCGAGGCGGCGCGAAAGGAAUGCAUCCGGUUGCGCUUCUGGUAUAGCGUAGGCGAGGGAUUGCGUGAGUGGGAGCCCGGCAACACGGAGAUUCGGCUGGUGCACGGUAGUUGA